AUGGCAUCAUUCAGACCAGCUGCGGUAUCGACAACAUACGUUGCAGGAAUUCCAAAAUCUCCCCAAAACCACUCCCCCUCAACCCACCCUCUGUUUACGGUGAUUUCCGAUUGGCUCUCCAAUCUCUCCCGCAAUAGCCACACCCGCCGCUACCUUGUUGGCAUAGACGUGGAGUGGCUCCUAAACCGGCUGCCCUCUAUGGAUAACCCCGUCGCUGUCCUCCAACUCUGUGUAGACAGAGAAUGCCUUGUUUUCCAAAUCCUCCACGCUCCAUAUGUCCCAGAUUCACUUGUUGCUUUUCUCGAGAACCAAAACAACACAUUCGUUGGUGUUGGUGUCGGAGAAGACGUGGAGAAGCUUCUUAGAGACUACACCUUGCAUGUUGCGAACUUUGUUAAACUUUGCACGCUUGCUGCUGAGAGAUUGGGUGAUCAUAUGAAACGUGUGGGACUUAAAACAUUGGCUUUACAUGUUCUUGGUAGGGGUAUGGAGAAACCUAGGAAGAUUACCAUGAGUAAAUGGAAUGAUUUAAAUCUUAGUCCUCAGCAGGUUCGGUAUGCUUGUCUCGAUGCUUUUGUUUCAUUUGAGAUUGGAAGGGUUCUUAAUGCUGGAAACUAGGGUUUGAUAGGCUGGUUUCUUGAUUGUUUUUACUUCAUUGGUCUUGUUAGUUUCCCAAUGGGGUCUCUUUUAUUUUACUAUGU